ACCGUGAAAAUUUUACAGGUGGGACAUUAGAAGGAAGUUCUGCACAAGUCAGAGUCGGGUCUUGGGUUGACUGAACAGGGGUCAUAUUUAUUGUGGUUUUGAUAUUACUCUGUGUUUCACUUCCAGUCGUCAUGAAUCUCGGAUUAUGUGUUUUAGUUGCUAUGACCUGGACGUAUGCUCUAGCUUACACUAAUUACCCAGACCCUGAAUGCCCACCAAAAGAUGCAGUGAAAUGUAACCCCCGAUUCGAUGUUCCCUGCCAAUCAUCCAAGGACUGUAGAGGAAAAAGGAUAUGUUGUCCUGAUGAAGGAGGUCAUCCGGUUUGUGCCACCCGCCGUCCCGGAACUUGCCGUCGGGUGAGAUCCCGGCAUUGUGGGUACCGGAACACGGAUACAACUGAGUGUUCCAGGGACGAGCACUGUCCGUUACCCGCUAGAUGUUGUAUAAAUGCCCAAUGCAAAAGAACGUGUCAGUCAGGGACCGACCUUAUUUAUACUCGCGGAUACUUUGGUUAGAGAGUUCAAAGGUCAAAGUUCAAUUUUUAUAGUGAAGGACACAUUGGUACUAUAAUCAAUGAUAAUAAUAUAUUUAUUACUUUCAAUUGUAUGACAUUGAUGAAUCGGAUUAAUUUAAGAGACAAAGGCUAUUCUAAGGGAGAGAUUAUUCUGAAGAAGGAAAUUGAUCAAACAUUUUUU